CAGCCUCCAUUCACCAUGUGUUUGAGAGUCAAGUUCUACCCUCCUGAGCCUGCUGCUCUCAAGGAGGAAAUCACUCGAUACCUUGUCUUCCUGCAAAUUAAGAGAGACCUCUACCACGGUCGGCUCCUGUGUAAAACCUCGGAUGCGGCCAUGCUGGCUGCUCACAUCCUUCAAGCCGAGAUUGGUGAUUAUGACCCUGGGAAGCAUCCCGAAGGUUACAGCUCCAAAUUCCAGUUCUUCCCUAAACAUUCGGAGAAGCUGGAGCGCCGGAUUGCAGACAUACACAAGACAGAGUUGAUUGGACAGACCCCUGAAACAUCAGAGCGAAAUUUCCUGCAGAAAGCCCAGAUGCUGGAGACAUAUGGUGUUGAUCCGCAUCCAUGCAAGGAUGUGUCUGGGAACCCAGCUUUUCUCGCCUUCACGCCAUUUGGUUUUGUGGUGCUUCAGGGAAACAAGAGAGUUCAUUUUCUAAAAUGGAACGAGGUGACCAAACUGAAGUUUGAAGGAAAGACGUUCCACGUAUAUGCAAAUCAGAAGGAGAUCAUCUUGACAUACUUUGCGCCCACACCGGAGGCAUGCAAGCACCUUUGGAAGUGCGGAGUGGAGAACCAAGCUUUCUAUAAGCUUGAUAAGUCAAGUCAGGUUCGCACGGUGUCCAGCAGCAACCUGUUCUUCAAGGGCAGCCGUUUCCGUUACAGUGGACGAGUGGCAAAAGAGGUGAUGGAGCAGAGUGCCAAAAUCAAACGCGAACCUCCAGAAAUACACAGGGCUGGCCUCGUGCCCAGCAGAAGUUGUCCAUCCAUCACCCACGGGCCUCGACUCAGCAGUGUACCACGCACGCGUCGGAGAGCUGUGCACAUAUCCAUCAUGGAGGGUCUGGAGUCGUUGCGUGACAGUGCCCACUCUACACCGGUGCGUUCAGUGUCCCAUGGGGAAUCCUUCAUGCCACGCUCCCGGAGCCAGGCCACGGACGCCAGUGAGAGGACUGCGGUGAUCUCGGACGAGGCCUACAGCCCCUCCGACAGCGUCCUGCCCACCCCGGUGGCCGAGCACAGCAUGGAGCUGGCUGCCUCGCGCCAGAUCAACGGGGCGCCCUGCAGCAUCGAGGAGGAGAAGGAGUCGGAGGCAGGCACCCCCAUGCAAGGGGAAGGAGGUGAUUUUGGUGCGGACGGUAGAUCUGCACACGAAGGGGCGGGGGGUGACUCUGCCCUCAGCGAGGUGGAACAGGUGAAUAAAUUUGUCUUAAGUGUCCUCCGUUUGCUCCUUGUGACCAUUGGACUCCUCUUUGUCUUGCUCCUCCUCCUCAUCAUCCUCACCGAGUCAGACCUUGACAUUGCAUUUUUACGUGAUAUCCGCCAGACCCCCGAAUUUGAGCAGUUCCAUUACGAAUACUUUUGUCCCCUCAGGCGGUGGUUUGCCUGCAAGCUCCGCUGGGUGGGCGGGUUGCUCAUUAACAAGUGAGAGUGAGGUCGUAGAGUUCAUAAGCCCGUUCGGGGGUCUGGGAAGACGGUUAGGACUCCGGAGCGAUGGAGGGCAGCCUCGUCCCAACCAUGAACCCUGCUUCUCUCAUCAUCCUCCUGCAGACAUACAGCUUGGACCACUCCUGGUAACACCGGGCCAGGAUCUCUCUUCCUCUCCUCCACUUUGAGUUAACCCCCCCACCCCCACCAAACCACCUCCUCGUUUCGCUUGUUUUCUUCUCCUUUUUUUUUCUACAAAACCAGAAGACUUUUUUUCCCCCCUUUUUUCUUUUUUAUUUCAAGUCAUUUCAGGCAUUUUAUUUUUUCAAAUAACACAAAGGAAAAAAAUUAAAAACUGAAAUCAAAGAACUGAAGAAUUUUAAACAGUUCCUUUUAAAGGAACGGAAAAGUUUGUUGCAACGGAUGAACGUUGCCUUCAUUUAUUAUUUAUUGCUUUUAAACAUGUAUUUGCAUAAGAAAAGGAAAAGAGAUGAUGGGAGAGAAGUUGAUCUGAAAUUAAGAUGGAAGUAAGUUAUGUGAUAGUUGAUAGGCCUACUGCCGUGACACGUAUGUGAGGCGAAGUAGUGUAAUAUCUUUUGAUAUUGAUUCAUCCUCAUCGGGAGUCAGCUAGACAAACAGCAGAUUCACCUCAUCAGGAAAAACAGAACAAUUUGAAGGGAAUAAUAGUGAAGGUUCAUGAAGCAGAGAACAGACAGGGUGACUACCAAAUGCCUUUUACGAGAAGAUGCCCAUGACUGUUGGCAGGUUUGAAAUUUGUGGAUUGUUUUCGGACACAAUUACACUUACAAUGGUGUACAACAUAAACUGGUGAAAGAUUAAAGUUGUUUUAUAACAUUUUAUAAGGAUACAGUAAAAUAAACCAGUACCAAUAGUGUUAUGUGACCCAGUAGUGUCAGACGCGGUUAGUGAAAUAUUCAUGACGAAGAGAAAAAGAUUCACUGGCACCAAUAGAUGAUAGUCUAGAUAGAUGUGCAAUGCUCAUACGGUUUUAAUAAUUAUGUACUUUUUGAAUGUGCUCAUUUGUUCUGUUGUUCUGUUAUUUCUCCAAUUCAUUUGAUUUGCAUUUUUUUCAUCAAGUUGAAAUUCGAUGAAUUUCGAUAAUGUCUUUGUAUGAAGAGUUUAUCGUUCAUUUUGGUUUCAUAUCAACCUUGCUCUUAGGUUUAUGUAUCAUACUAUAUUAUUAUUAUUAGAAUAAGAAUAAUGAUGUACUUUUUGUACAAAUUAGUUUGUUUCCUAAUAUAUAUUGACAGGUUUUUCAUGUAUAUUUUAACAGAACUGAAAUGUUAUUUUGUUAUUGAAGAUUAAAUUAUACCUUUUUUAGCGCUGUGUUUCAAGUAAGGUCAGAAGCAUUUAUGGAAAUGUGGAAAGGGGGGACUAAAAAACAGUGUUUUUAUCCAGAUCCACUUAACACUGAUCACACCUCUCGACACUCCACCAGCAGUGAAUCAGCCUUCAGUGUGUGUACAAUUUUAAUGAUAAUUUUAAACAUGUAUUUGUACAGAAUAAAAUCUGGAGAUGUCAUUAUGCCAUCACAAAUACCAAAUAAUUCAAAAACACAUUUUCAUCUUUUAUAACAUCUUAUUUUUACUUGAAGAGUUUGGAGAGGUGACUCUGAGCCUGAUCGAUACUGGAUCUGCACUAAAAACUAAAGACUUGUUCCUUGACCCACAAAGUCUGUUGUGUAACAUUUAUUUGAAGACUUGAGCUGAAACGAUUAGUUCAUUGAUUGGUAGAAAAUGAAUUGGCAGCUAUUCUGAUAAUCAAUUAUAAGCAAAAAUACCAAACAUUUCUGGUGUCAGCUUUUCCAACGUUUUCUGCUUUUCCCUCUGUAAUACUGUAUCGUAAAAUGAAUUGGGUUUGAGUUCUAAGAAAUUAUAGUGGGUAUUUUUCACUAUUGUCUGACACUGUCUGAUAAUUAAUCGAUUAAUCUAGAUAAUAAUAGGUAAAUAAUUGUUAGUUGCAGCCCUAAACGAAACAUGUUGUCACCAAUAAAUUAAGAAUGAACAAUUAAACGUUAUAAUCUUUGGUUGGGGUAACAUCGCAGUCUGUUUAACAAACUACAGCAUGUAAUGCAGAUACCAGUUAAUCUGUGAUAAACCAAUAUUGGUCAAUAAUAUCUGCCCCUUAUAUUUAUCGGUCAGGCUCUGGACUCUUCUGCCUCACAGCUCCAGGGAGCAAUAACUGUCAUGGCUGCUGGAUUCUGGGUAAAAUCUGUUUUUUGUACUGGGUGUCUACCUCCUGUACCAAGUGCAGGUGUAAGUGUUAGUAUGUCUGUAUGUAGGAAUGGAAACAAGAUUCAAGGUGAUUGAGGUGGAGAUUUUGACAGAGAGGGAGAAAAAGUCAUUAUUUUGGAAAAGCCGAGAAGGACUUAGAGGAAAGAAAAGAGAGAAAGCUGUAGAGACUGAGAGAUAUCAGAGGCCUUCGAGAGAGGUUCAAGUGAUCAGUCUGCUUCUUUGAAAGUGGUAUAGAAAAAAACAAAUUGGAUAUGAAAGACACUUGGUGACUCAUCAAUCUAAUGGCUGUACAGGGUUGCUUGUUUUUGGCCUGCUAUUUCAAACACCACAUUCUCAUACCAGCAUCUGCAGCUGCUCCACUGAAGCCCCGAUGGUGCUACCUUCUUUGUUUUGCUCCUGUGUAAUUCGAGCGUGUCAGUCCUCGGCUAAAUUGUAGUCCUGACCACAGAGUAACAUGCACUUUGGCGUUGUGGCUGGAUCCACUCCUGUAGCUCAUUAUCCCUCACAAACUGCGGUUAUCUGUGGUGGACGGGGCAGCACCGACAUUUCCCAGCACAAUGCUAGAGGGAAUAUCAAAUCAUUAGAGCUAUGUUAGCAAGAAACCUGUCAUGCAGACGGUGUAGGAGCUUAUUUAUGUCAUGUGAAUCAACUUUUGACUCGGAUACAUCCAGUAAAAUAGCAGAUGCAAAGAUGAAGCACAUUUUUUCCCAGUGGUGUGGAGCAGGGUGGCCCGGUUGACUUUAUUGUGUACAUUCAUGCUUCAUAUUUAUUACUUCUUUACGGACAUGAAAGGUCAACAUGACCGACCAGUCCAGCCAGGCUGUGUUGUUAGCAGGACAUCGUUUAAAGGUCAGUCUGCAAAGGUGUUUCUCAUACAUCUAUCAGCAUUAUGUAGCUUCAGUGGUCUCUCUGAACAUGCAACAAUUAAGACAAAAUCAAGGCAGCAUUAUUCAAGGAGCAAUAAUCAGCCGUGAGAGCAAAAAUAUGUGAUUUACAAACUUGUGUAUGAAAAUCCGAUGAUUAAGAAGUCAAUUAUGUCCUUUCUGUUUCUAGAAAAAACACUUACCAAAUUGCUGUUGUGCUGACUCUAAUGAUGAUGUGACCACUGAGACACUUAGUUGCCGUUGCAUUGAUUAGUAAUAUUUUAUAAAAGAUACCCCAUUUUCCUUAGAGACCUCUUGUGUGGAUGUUUAUUCUGCUGUUUUCUUUGCUGUUUCAUUUUUAAGUGACAGAUUGUUUUCUGUGCCUGGAUCCUAACUGCAGUUUACCAAAGUCGCAAAGAUGAAGGAAUGGAGAACGAAAGACACAACAUCCCACAACAACUGUAUUACAGACUACUCCAUCCUUAAAUCUCCCAGGCCGAGAGGGCAAAAACAGUGUCCAUCUCUGUCUGAAACCGUUUGUGAUGUGCACUGGUCAGGCCCGAAAUCUCUGUCUUAAUUUGUCUUUACAGGCACGAUUCCUGUGACAAACCUGACUUUAAUUUUACAUUUCAGUUUGCUGUGUCAUGUUUACAUACUUUACAGUUCUUUUUACCUCAUGGGAGAUGGCUACAGUUUCGGCCAGAUGUGACUUUUGAUGAACGAGUGUGAUUGUCAUCCAUGGUUUAUAAAUUAGAAACAGCUCGUCUGUCCCUGAAAAGCAGCAGUGAAGGUGCAGCCAUGCAAAUACAAUGUGGUCCAGUGGAAGAUUACGCAUUGAUCCUUGUGGUUAAAUUUGAUACGCAGGGGAUGGACUCAAUAAUAGAAACACCCACGUGGUAUAAUGUAAUGCCAUAUAACAACCAAGCAACAAAUCCUACAUUUGUGAAACUUUUGUUCAGUUUUUACAAAUGCAGCAUCAAACAGAUGUUUCGGUUCAUUUCAGUCAUUUUUUUGCGGUGUUAUCGUACUGGACUUAACUGUGAGGCGUUCUUGUUAUUUUGUCUACCCCCUGUGUUUUCCUACAUAUUUCAGCAAUCAUAACAUAGGUAGCUUAAAAACCAGUAUAUGUAUGACAUAAUGAGGAGUUUCAAAGAAUGUCAUUAGUUGUCCUUCAAACAUAACUUUUGAAAGUUUUUGUUGACAUUUAUGAUGAAAAAUAAUUACGUAACCAAUUUAGAUGAUCGAAAGAAAGCGAUUUAUAUGCAAUUAGCUACCUAAAUCUCAUUCCUGGCCACGAUCCCUAACACAUGAAUGUGGAUGAUGCAUGUGAGGGAUGAAUGGAUGAAACUAGUCGUCAUAACUGAAGACUGCUUUUUGCCCUGGUCAGCUCCCAGUAGACAGACCCUCACACGACCAUGCAUACACGUCAAUAAGUGUAUCUGCAUAUCCAUGUCUGGUGGUGUGCUAUGUAGUCUGCAUCGUUCUACCCUGGGAUUGAAGAUUGCUGUUUAAUUACGUUAUAUAUACAAGUAUAUAUAUAUAUAAAUCCAUGUGCCAAAUCCAGUUCUUGUUCAGUCUGAUCCAUUCCGAACCCAUGUUUGUACUGUAGGUAACCUUCUGUACAAGUCAGUAUAAAAUAUUGUUUCUCUCCAAUAGUCCCGUGUAACUGGUGCCAUUAAAUAAAACUAUUCAAACUUGAAAUAAACAUUGAAUAAAAAUGUG